AUGUACGCAAAACUCUUGACUAUCUUGCUUUUUGCCGCUCUAUUCUCCGUAGCUAUUGCAAGUCCUAACGAAAAGAAAGAAACAAUCAUCGAAUUUGAUAAAAGUAAAUGUUCAUUAACAUUUCUCUUUAUCGAUAAGUCUUUGCAAUCUUUUCUCUAA